GGCAGGAACCAGAACGCCGCCGGGGCGAAUAAUAACAACAACGGCGGCAGCAAAAGUUUAUCCGCCGCCCCCAACGGCACCAGCAGCGUGAACUCCUGGGAGGAGGGGAGCUCGGGGUCGUCCAGCGAUGAGGAGCACGCUGGCGGCGGAAUGAGGGUCGGGCCGCAGUACCAGGCGGUGGUCCCUGAUUUCGACCCCGCCAAACUUGCAAGGCGAAGUCAGGAGAGAGAGAAUCUCGGCAUGCUGGUCUGGUCACCUAACCAGAAUCUGUCUGAAGCAAAAUUGGAUGAAUAUAUUGCCAUUGCUAAAGAGAAGCAUGGAUACAAUAUGGAGCAGGCUCUUGGGAUGCUGUUUUGGCACAAGCACAACAUUGAGAAGUCUUUGGCAGAUCUGCCAAACUUUACUCCAUUCCCAGAUGAGUGGACAGUGGAAGACAAGGUCCUGUUUGAACAGGCCUUCAGUUUCCAUGGGAAAACCUUUCACAGGAUCCAGCAGAUGCUUCCUGACAAAUCAAUAGCCAGCCUGGUGAAAUUUUACUACUCCUGGAAGAAGACAAGGACUAAAACUAGUGUGAUGGACCGUCAUGCUCGUAAACAAAAAAGGGAACGUGAGGAAAGUGAGGAUGAAAUGGAGGAAGCAAAUGGAAAUAACCCUAUUGACAUUGAAGUUGAACAAAACAAGGAGAGCAAAAAGGAGGUGCCACCUGCUGAAACUGUCCCUCAGGUGAAGAAGGAGAAGCACAGUACACAGGCCAAGAACAGAGCAAAGAGGAAACCUCCCAAAGGAAUGUUCCUUUCCCAGGAAGAUGUGGAGGCUGUUUCUGCCAAUGCAACAGCUGCUACCACUGUACUCAGACAACUGGACAUGGAAUUAGUCUCAAUCAAACGGCAGAUUCAGAAUAUCAAGCAGACAAACAGCGCGCUCAAAGAAAAACUUGAAGGUGGUAUAGAACAGUACAGACUUCCAGAGGUCGUCCAGAAAUUUAAUGCACGUUGGACCACAGAUGAGCAGCUUCUUGCUGUACAAGCAAUCAGGAAAUAUGGCCGAGACUUUCAGGCAAUCUCUGAUGUGAUUGGAAACAAAUCUGUGGUGCAAGUGAAAAACUUUUUUGUAAAUUAUCGACGUCGUUUCAACAUAGAUGAAGUCCUGCAGGAGUGGGAGGCAGAGCAUGGCAAAGAGGAGACAAAUGGAACCAAUAGCCAGAAGCCUGUAAAAUCCCCUGAUAAUUCCACUAAAAUGUCUGAAGAGGAAGAUGAGGCUACUUCUGUUCUUGAUGUCAGAUAUGCAUCUGCUUCGUGAGAAGGUGCUGUAGCCUAGAACAAUUUGUGUUGACUACUGUGUUAUCCAGGAUAUCAGGUAUUAGCAAACCUCAGACAGCCAUCUGCAUCAUAUCUGUGGACAAGCAGCUAUUACCAAAAAAAAGGCAAACGCUUCCAGUCCUGUGCUACAUCUGCCUUAAUCUCCCCUCAUUCCUCCAUACUGCCUCCACUUUCUUUCAAAAGCACCCAGGUAGCUCAGCUCUCCAUUUCACCAACGUCAUGCUUAAGCAUGGGGUCUUCUAGAACCAGUAACACCUGUCUAUAAAUUUUGACCAACCUGCAAAACAAGGAGCUCCUUAGCAGCCCCACAGUAACUCUACACAUUAGGAGUUCUUAUAAUACUUGGUCUGUAGGUUAUAAGUAUGUAUUGCUGCAUGGCCUUGUGGUCUCCGCUUCCUGUGUAUUCUUACGAUGACACUAUGAUUAGUGAGCUUUCUAUAAAGGAGGUGCUUGUGCACAUGCCAGCUGUGUCAGGUUUGUUCUGCAGUGACAGGACAUGUUAGCAAGCAAUCAUGGAAAUGUUAUUUCUAAGGUUUGGUCAGUCCAAGGUUGUAGAUGUAACUCAUUACACUUCUGGUUUGUGCAAUUCUUUCCACUGUAUUUGUGUGUUCUUGCUUCAUAGAAAGCUCCCUAAUUGAGCAUUUUAUUCCUGUAUAUUUUAAUGGCUUUUGUUUAGUGCAAAAGGGAAUACUUAACCUAAAACUGUUUGAUACGCUAUUUAACCCCUGGCAUUCAGCAUUUACAUUGUAACUUGUUAAGUGAGUGCUACACAACUUUCUUUUUCCUGAUCCUCUGUGGGAUUAAGUCAAAACAACUUUCUCUGGUGCCUCUCCUUUAGGGGAAUAUGUGCCUUUUUGCAUUUGGCUACCAUAGAUCACUUUCUGUCCCAGUGUCUCGUUCCUCUUCAGAGCGCUGUUUGCCAAAGACAUCAAACUGCUUCUCCCACUGGAAGUUUGGAUGAGGGUUGGAGCACAAAAUUCAACCUUCAAGAGUUUUUGGUUUCUUGGAAGUGUAAUGGAGAAGAACUGGGUUAAUUUUCAUUGGCCAUUUUAACCCUUCUGAAGCACACAUCUUUCAUGUUCUGAAUCAAAAUAUGCAAUUUAAAAUCUAAGAGGUGCUUUUCCAAAUACUUGGUGCAUGCAGCUUUCAAAUCUCAGCCCUCUGCUCGGAUGGCCCAUGCUGUGGCCUGUCUAGCUGGCUUGAACUGGAACUGUUCUUGCAGUCCCAUGGGAGGACUUUGCACCUUGAACAAGGUGGUUGCUGACUGCCGAGCAGACAGUGUCCAGCGAAGCUAGAAGCAGCAGUGUUACUUCUUGUCCAAUGGAAAGCUGCAAAAUAACACUAGUCACAAAGCAUUUAAAAUGGUUAAUUUACUUAUGUUGGAAGAAACCACUAGGUGUCUUUGCAGGUGGAGAAAAGGACCUUUCUUGCCUCUCUUCCUCUACAGAGGAUUCAAGCCAAGAUGGCACACAGUGAGGUACAGCAUCAGCCUUUCCUAACGCAGCUUGAAAUGAGCUGGCCUGUGGCUGGCCUGCAGCUGAGGUUGGUGGAGCUCAGGGCCGAGCCCUGGGCUUGGUGCAGAGGUUUGGCUGCUGGGCUGUGCUGUGCUGUGUGCUGUGGUGGCUCUGCUCUCUGUACCCGAGUGGGGCAGGCUGAUGCCAGCUGAGCAGCAGAGCUGGCUCUGGCACCUCCUGCAGUGUGGUCACAGCCCAGGAAAGGCGGGGGACAUGGCCUCUUGCAGCACUGAGCUGUGCUCUUACCCUUGGGCCAUGUGUGAGGAAAGUAAUUCAGUGUCAGAAACUGGGCAGCAACACGCAGGCACAGCACAGGUAGAGAUUUCCUAGGGCAAGUUGGAGUGUGGAGCCCCAAAAGGGCCUGUUUCAGCCACUUGGGAGCUGUUGCUGAGCAGUUCCAUUCUGAUAGCUCCAGAGAGAUCCCCCAAGGUGAUGGGAGGAUGGAAGGGAGAUAUUCCCUAUCCUCUGUAUUGCUGUUGUGUCUCUGCAGCUGCUGCUGUGAACUGGCGGCUCUGGUGGCUCAAAUGUUCCUUCAGGCCUGUGCCAGUUGAGCUGGGAAUCUCUUGUGAGAAGGAAGGAAGGCUAGGUGAUAGCCAGUGUGAAUUAGGAAUAAAGACCGGGCAAAUAGCACUGUGAAUCCAGUUGACAGUUGUGGUGUAAAGCAAUGCUGCUCUUUAGAAACACUCUAGUAUUAAGUGUUAAACCUCCUGCUGGUACCAAUGCAUGGAGAGUGGUGUGGGAGUGGUGUAGGAGCUUACAUCCCAGCUGGGGGAACUCAUCAGGAGAGGCUUCUGCUGGAGAGUUAGGUACCUGUGAGGACUUCUCAUUGGUUUUUGCCCUCAAAUCUGUCCAUCUUAUCAGAAAAGUUGUGUUUUGGCUUCAUCCCCAUGGGGUAGGGGGAAAUGUGUAUAAUUUGUGAUAUUAGGAAGAAAAAAGUUGUUUAAUUACUUUUCAGUUGACUGCUAUCUUAUUGUAGUUGAUACAUGCAAUAUAAUAGCACUGUAUUUUAAACGUUUAGUUUUUUACAUUUUCUUGAACUAUGUUUUUAAAUGCGAUAAAAUCAUUUUAGCUUUUGAAAUGGUUUGACCUUGUUUAAGUGAAGACCCUGUUAUUCUUUUGUUAAAUGGGUCAAGCAUUAGAUAUGUCAACUGGUUGCAUUCUGACUAGAAGGGUCCACAAAGAUAACUGCAUAAGAUAAGAAUAUUCACUUAAAUUUUGUUUCUUAAACUAUCGAUGUGAAUGUCAUAAUUAUAUAUAUUUUGUGGAAAAUGGGAAAUUAUUUCUCCUAAGUAUAAGUUAUUGUGCAAAAUAUGGUAUCGUUAAAGAAAAUGAUAGUUUAAGUUUUAGUUUUAGAAAUCUUAAAGAUAUAAAAGUGUAUUGCAUAUGCAUAAACAAAUUUCAUUUGUUCUAUUUAAUUUUUAUGUAGUUGUGUAAAGUGCUAGGUAACUUCUUUUUUCACUUAUCCAUUAAAACAACCUUGUUACUUGAAUAUUCGUGUUUAACUGGUUUGAAACAGUGAUCAAUUUUUGUAAUAUAAUCUUACAACCAAGGGAAAAAAAUACACGCCUCAGUUGUGCUUAACAGUAUAGCAACAAUGUACAAUCAGAUGCUUAAGACAGUAGUAGCCAUACCUGGUAGUGCAACCACAAUGGUUGUGUCUCAAUAUAUUUAAUACCAAUGGGGAUAAUGGUUUCUUAAUAUAUUUUUACAAGUUUGCAACCAGGAAGACCCCAUAAAUAUCCACUAGAACACUUUUUUAAUAGUUAAAAUAAGAGUGAAACUCUUACUCUCUUAAAGCAAUGUCCUGACAAACAUUUUUCUUUCCUGUACAAAUACAUGAGAAACAUUAUGUAUUAAAAUAUGCUCAUUGUCACUUUAAAUUUCAGUUUUUAUUCUAUGAAAUUGCUAAUAUGCUGUUGGUAUUCUUGCACACCAAAUAUGAGCCAAACAGUGCAUUACACUAACUUGAUCACUGGAUUUGUGAACAAAAGUCUCCAAGUCACUGAAAUGCAAAAAUAUCAUAGGAGAUUUUUUUUGAUAAUGUGUUUAUUUUUCAAAUUGGUAUGAAUUUGUGCAUAGCCAUUCAGCAAUGAGUGGACUGAUAUUUUACAAAAAAAAAGGAAAAAAUUAUUUUAUUAGCUCCAGCUUGUCUUCAGUAAGUCAAAAUCUAGUGAUCUUGUGCAAUGCCCCUAAAGCAAAUACUUUCUGCCACUCCCUGGAUUAAUGCAGCUUUUCCUGUUGAUAGUAAAGCACAAUUGCAGUGAAAGUUACAGUUCAGAAGAUGGAAGGUCAGUAUAGUCUAUGCAUGUUGUAUAAUAAUGAGUGUUUACAUUCAUAUUCUCCUAAAAUAAAAUUUAUACUGGAGUGUAUAGUAUUCCAUUAUGUAGAUUUUAUCAAUUUUGUUAACUGCUUAUAGAUUGCUUAAAAGAAGUUUUUUCAAGAUUUUAAAAGAUGUAUAAGGUUAAGUUUGCAAAUAUAAUGGAAAUGCUGUAUAGCUUUUGAAGUGAUGAAAUACUCGUUGGGAUUUUAAAGAAAGUAUGUUGUAAUAAUGCUGUUGUAAGUAAUAUUUUAAAUGUCUUUUUUGCCUGUUUUCUAUUAUUCAGCACACUUACUGUGAUGAAUGUUCAUAGCAUUAUAAAAUUGCUUAGCCACUGAAAAGUAACAUUUGGUUUUGGAUUAUUUUACUGUAUGAGGAAUUAUAGUGGGGUAAAUUCCUUUGUGAAAUUCUACAUAAUUCAUUUUUCUAUGAUUUCCAAUGUUUGCUGACAUCAAAUAAAAUUUUUUCAAGCCAUUGAUGUAAUAAAAUAUGUAGUAAAAUGUUAAUGAUGUAAAGUGUGGUUCUGAUGUGCAGCUGACCCCCUACCUAAGAUUUUGGUCAGGAGAUGCAAAAGGGGUUUUCUCCUUCCUGACAGUGUUGUCCCUAAGAUAAGGAGGAUCUGAAGAAUAAACUGCUGCCUCUUUGCUUCGUGUAAAAAAGCACUUGGCUGUAGAAGUUAACAAGAUUGUCGUCUUUCAAAUGAGAGAAUCACAUUUAAAAUACAUGGGAAAAGGUGACACUUGCCCUCAGAGCUUAGCAGUGUGCAGUGUUGCUAUUGAAGAUGCUCAGAAGGGCAGGAAAUUUUGCAGCUUGGAAUCUUCGGGGAGAUCAUGUUUUGUCUUCAUGUGCUGGUGUGCUACUAAGCACUAAACACAGAAGCAGAGAGAAGACUUUUGGGGCUGUUUGGGGGAAAAUGCUCUGGGAGCCUGGGGUUAGUGCAGGACAGGUGCUGAGAAGUUUCAUCUGUGUCAAAGGCAGCAGAACUCCUACAGCAGGACACUGGUGGUUUCCAGCUCUGCAGCCUAUGGAGGGCAGGAAUUAGUCAUGCAUUUCUACAUUGUAAAGCAAAUUGGUAGGGAGGGAGACUGAUUUGGGGUUUUGGAAGAGCAAGCAGCAUUUUUGAGAGCUGAGGGUGUUUCCUUACUGGAAAGCAUUCCUUGUAAUUUUCCUGCUGGUAGAGAAUACAGUACCAGUAUUGUAAGGUAGCAAUCUGCUUUUUUAGGGGAGUUACUUGACUCAAAGCACUUAAACUUUCAAUAUAAACCAGCCCUUCUUGCCCAUGUGCCCCCCAACCCCAAAGUAAAACAAAGAGAAACAAAUAAAAAGAAGGAACUUCCUUUCAAUCAGGGAGCAUAAAAAGGUGAGGAAAUGGGGACUUCCCCUGCUUGAACACGUGCUCUUCUGAGGAGUCUAGAAGCAAAGAUAAAGUAGUGAUAACACCACUGUUUCUGGAAACACAGGUGCUGUAUCUGUGCCUGGUAGUGGUAUGUUGUGUAAAUGGCAGUGCACUGUUGAAUGAAUGCUGUAUUAUUCCUCAUAGCCUGUCCUGCAUUAACAAAUUGUACAGGGUGGCACUGAGCAUUUCUCCUUUAGAGUAGGAGCUGCCUUGCAGGAUGAGGUACAAGCUGGAGUUCAGGCUGAAAGGGAAGAG